ACUAGGAGGCCGACGAAGAAGAAGAGGAGGAAGAAGAAGCAGAAGAAGAAGAAGAAGAAGAAAGAGGAAUUGUCGCUUUGGUGCUGCUUUUCUUCGUGUGCUUGGCAUCGGGAGGGAGGGAGUGAGUGAGUCGAAGAGCAGGCGCUCUGUGUUGCUGCUGCCUCCGCCGCGGCCAUCAUCUUCCCCGUUUUGUAAAUCUCGAGCGGGCACCAUGGCCAGCGCUGGCAGAGUUCCCGGAGGAUUCCUGGACAAUGCUUACCGACUGCUGAUGCGUCGCAAUUCUGUCUACGUGACGUUCAUCUUGGCCGGUGCCGUUGUUGGCGAGAGGGCGGUGGACUACAGCAUCAACAAAGUAUGGGAGAUAAACAAUGUUGGGAAAAGAUAUGAAGAUAUUCCCAACUUGGGUUCAAAAGUAGAAGGCGCGGAGGAAUGAUGCAAUUUACUGGUCUUGUGUCAACCAUGUGGCUAAAUUUUUUUUGGUGGCAAUACUCCAUUCAGGCGCGGCUUCACGGAAAGUUCUUAUGUUUCAUUUUCUGUUCCUCAAAGUCUAAAUUCUAUACAUGACACUUUCCGUCCUUCCACACGGGCAAAUAAAACGCUCCCCCGCUAGUAGUAGUAGUAGUAAUAGUAAGAAAGAGGUAAUACACCUUAUCAGAGGAGCAGGUUGAGAUUGUUUUUGUUUGACUUAGUGUUGCCAUUCAGCAAUGCUAAGACUAUCGAAGUAAAACCGACAACAAAAUCAUCUACGUUAUUAGAU